AUGGCUCUCCUGCCGCGGCCGUCCCUCCGCGGCUCUGUGCGACGGACGCCCGACGAGCCCUUCGACGACGGUCUCGCACCACCGGCCAAGAAACAGCGCACCUUGUGGGAGACCGGCUUGCGCCGCCGAAAGAGUUCUCCUGAUUGCCUCGACACAACCCAGAAUGAUGGCUCGACCGCCGACGCACAACACGCCAAUCCUCCCUUGAAGGCCGCGCGACCGAGGACGUCCACCCGUCGCACUCGCAGAGCCUCCGUUUCCUCCAUCGAUACGGUCGCAUCAGACACCCAAUUAAAUGCCUUGGGAAAUUCCCAUACGAACGGCAAUUGCGCCGUCGCGGCCUCCCAUGCGCCCGACCGAGAUACGCCUUCCGGAAAAGCCUCUGCCAAUUUGUCACGCGGCGCUCGCGAGUCCCCAGACCCAUUGGACACAAUUUCACCGGCAGCGAGUAGGACACCCGCUAAGUCGCGCCUUCGGGCAUCGUCUGGCGCUGCGGAGGCAGAGAACAAGCCCAAUAAGUCACCUAGUACAAUGCGCACCACCCGGCACACAGAACACAAGGCAGAGACAGCCGAUACCGUCAAAUCAGAGCACAAGGAGGACGCACCAGACGCACAUGUAGGUGAUGCGACUCAGUCGCAGCAAAGCCGCAAGAGCGAUGCCGUUGAGAGCGAACAGCCUGACCCUGCACACACAGCGGACGGCAGGCGUUCAUUGCGCUCGGCAGAUACUGGUUCGCGAUGUAAGAGUGAGCUGGCGCAAUAUUUCUACAACUACGAGCAGAUUGUCAGUCUCGAGACUCCCAAGCCCGAAAUGCUUGGUGCGACCACGACUAUCACGCUCAUAAAUAAUUUGUCUGAACCAUUACCUUUGGCAUCUACACCGGACCCCAUGCCUUUUGGUAAUCCACUUCACAAGCUCUAUAAUUGUGAGGUUAUUACUCUACCCAAGCCAACAUCAAAGUCUACUGGCGUGGACCCUCUGAGCGAAGAGCUAUACUUUCGUGCACAUCGUAAAUUCGAGCGUCAGGAAAAGCAGCUCCGAAACAUCGAGCGCGACCGUGCUCAGCAUAAAGAACAGCAAAUCGAACAACUUCUCGAGGACCUACGCGGUCACGACUGGUUGCGCGUGAUGGGUCUACCGGGAGUCCAUGAAAGUGAGAAGAAGCUCUACGAGCCAAAGCGGAAGAUUCUCAUUCAAGAAAUGGUAGCGCUGGUAAACAAAUUCCAGGCCUGGAGGGAUGAAGAAAGACGUCGCAAACUCGCCAAAGACAAACCAUUACCAACCGCAGACGACGCGGAGUCCCGGCGCUCACGAAAACGCUCAAGGCCCGCAGAGGACAACGAAGAAAGCUCUUCCCUCCCAGAAACACCCAGCACACCAGACCUGAACGACGUCGACGCAUUAGCCGCGCACCAGCUCCACCAAGAAGCUCGCUCUGCUUCGGAUGCCAAGCGCCGCAAAUCCGUGUCUGAAGCUCGCAAACCCAAAGCUCGCUCUGACGCAGAUGACACUCCAUCUAAUGAAAAGGGCCAUGCAAAACGCCCAAAGCCUCAACCCUCCAACCCUCCUAUCCAUGCUCCUUUCUAUUACCCUGUCCCUGACAAACCAUUUACCUCGUUCUUCCGAGACCGUCACGCUCGCGACGUCGCCGUGGCCGCUAUCACUGGCAAUCGCCGUGGCCGAUCACGUAAUGUCCUCGCAUUUGGUCAGCCCAUUCCGGAAGUCGAAAAGUCUGAGUUUGGGCCAGAUCCAGAACUUCUCACUGAAGAGGCUAUCCAGGCUUCGCGGCGGCAGCGGCGUCGGUUGACGAGGCGGAGUGCGGCUGGUUAA